UCUCUCUGUCCAUCUGUCUGCGCGUGGAGGUUUGUAGGUGAAGAAAGUGGGAGGGAGGUCCUGAGGGCUGGUCAAAGUUCACCGCUGGGUCACCUGAUUGGCUGAGAGAAGCUGUGAAGGACAGCAGGCAUUUACAUAUAGAGCCUCGGGGACAGACUCCUGUCUCUGAUCCAGCCUCGGCACACCUGCGCACCACAGGCACCGCGGACCAGCCUCCUUCAGUCUGAACCAAGAUGAGCCCCAAAAAUGUGAUUUUCAAGAAGGUUUGCAAGGACAAGUCGGUUGGAGUCUACAUGGGGAAAAGAGACUUUGUGGACCGUGUUGAUUCUGUGGAACCACUGGAUGGCGUCAUCCUCAUUGACCCGGAGGCCCUGCAGGGGAGGAAAGUGUUCGUCACGCUGUCGUGCACCUUCCGCUACGGCAGAGAUGACAUGGAUGUGAUGGGAAUCGCCUUCCGCAGGGAGCUGUACCUGGCCACCCGGCAGGUGUACCCGCCCCUGCAGGACCGCGAGAAGGGUAUCCACACCAGAGUCCAGGCCAAGCUCCUGCGCAAGCUGGGAAACAACUCAUACCCGUUCUUCUUCGAGUUCCCCGAUAACCUGCCGUGCUCAGUGGCCCUGCAGCCAGCACCCAGUGAUGUCGGAAAGCAAUGUGCUGUGGAGUUUGAGAUUAAGGCGUUCAGCGCUGAGAGCCAGGACGCCAAAGUACGCAAACGGAGCACAGUGAAGCUGAUGCUCAGGAAGGUGCAGUACGCUCCGGAGGGCGAGGGGAUAGCGCCCUCUGUCGAGACCACCAGGGACUUUGUCAUGUCGGACAAACCGCUGCACGUCAAGGCCAGUUUGGACAAAGAGGUUUACUAUCACGGUGAGCCCAUCAAAGUUCACGUUAGCGUCACAAACAACUCCAGCAAGAACAUCAAGAACAUCAUCCUCUCCGUUGACCAGAUUGCCAACGUGGUUUUGUACUCCAAUGACAGCUAUGCCAAAUGUGUGGAUAUCGAGGAUUCUGGGGACUCGGUGUCUCCUGGAGCGACGCUGCAGAAAGUCUACACGAUGCUGCCUCUGCUGGCCAACAACAGCGAGAGGAGGGGCAUCGCUCUGGAUGGCAAACUGAAGCAUGAAGACACCAACCUGGCCUCCUCGAGCAUUGUCAAAGACGGCGUGCUGAAGGAGGUUCUGGGGAUCAUGGUCUCGUACAGAGUCAUGGUGAAGCUCAUCGUUGGAGGGAUGAUGGGGUCGAGCGAGGUCGGUCUGGAAGUUCCCUUCAAACUGAUGCACGCCAAGCCAGAUGCAGUGAAGGAGAGUGAGCAGGAGGAGGAGAUUGUGUUCGAGGAAUUCAAGCGCUCCUACCUGAAGGGGAUCAUCGGCGAUGAUGACGACGAGGAAGGCAACGUUUCCGGUGGUGACGACAUGGCGCCCAAAGAGAAAUAGAGGAGAGAGAGUGAAAGAGGGUGAAACAAAGAAUGCUGGGAGUUUGAGUUUGUGCUAGAAAAAGAUUUAAAGGCGCAUACCUGUGGUUGUGCAUGUUUAACCUUCAGGUGUAUUUUACGUCACUGCAGGAUGUUUUCAUCCAUCAUCUCUAUUUAAUCUUCUGCUCGGUCUCCUUCAGCUCCUGAGGAAACAAAUAUCUGUUUAGAUUCCAGAUUUUGUGCUUUUGUUCAGGGCAUAGCUGAAAAAACAAACCGGUGACCUAAAGCGAGAUAAAUGCGGCACAAACCUGCAGUGCUGCAGAAUCACUUUGAGUUAUUACCUUUGUAACUGCUU